AUGCCUCCUACUCGUGAAUGGACUGCCCAAGAGGUGCGGGAUACCUUUCUCAAAUUCUUCGAGGAGAGAGGCCAUACUUUUGGUGAGUCUGAUGCCCUCCAACGUUCGCUGCCGCCCAACCCAGCGCCCACCAGUGGCUCAAUUUUCGGUGUUCUGUUAAUUAACGCUGUUGCGAUUCUAGUCAAGUCGUCUCCCGUCGUCCCUCUGUCAGAUCCCACCCUACUCUUCACAAAUGCCGGAAUGAAUCAGUUCAAGCCAAUCUUCCUGGGAACAGUCGACCCUACGAGUAAAGAGGGUCAGUACAAGCGUGCGGUCAACUCGCAGAAAUGUAUUCGUGCGGGCGGUAAACAUAAUGAUCUUGAUGACGUUGGAAAGGACAGCUACCACCACACCUUCUUCGAAAUGAUGGGCAAUUGGUCAUUCGGUGACUACUUCAAGAAAGAGGCCAUCGCCUGGUCUUGGGAACUGUUGACCAAAGUCUACGGCCUCGAGCCUGAUAGGUUGUACGUCACCUAUUUCGAGGGCAGCGAGGCCGGUGGCUUAGAGCCUGAUCUAGAAGCCAAAGAGUUGUGGAAGAGUGUCGGUGUCCAAGAAGAUCAUAUUCUGCCUGGAAAUAUGAAGGACAAUUUUUGGGAGAUGGGUGACCAGGGCCCUUGUGGUCCCUGCUCAGAGGUCCACUAUGAUCGUCUUGGAGGGCGAAGUGCUGCUCACCUCGUCAACCAGGACGACCCUAACGUCCUUGAGAUCUGGAACAAUGUCUUCAUUCAGUAUAACCGAGAGCCAGACAAGAGUCUACGACCACUACCGAACAAGCAUGUCGACACUGGUCUUGGCUUCGAACGACUUGUCAGUGUCCUACAGGACAAACUCUCCAAUUAUGACACUGAUGUCUUCACCCCCUUGUUUGACCGAAUUCGGGAGGUCACUGGAGCGAGACCUUAUUCCGGAAAUUUCGGAGAAGAUGACAAGGAUGGUAUCGACACGGCCUAUAGAGUUGUCGCCGAUCACGUCAGAUUACUCACUUUUGCCAUUAGCGAUGGAGGCAUCCCAAAUAAUGAAGGAAGAGGCUACGUCGUGCGAAGAGUCUUGAGACGUGGUGCUCGGUAUGCCAGAAAGUACUUCAAUGUCGAAAUUGGAGACUUCUUCGCCAAACUAGUCCCUACUCUUGUCCAACAAAUGGGUGGUAUGUUUAAAGAGAUUGUCUCAAAAGAGGACGAAGUCAAAGAAACUUUGAGUGAGGAAGAGCUAUCCUUUGCGAAAACGCUCGAUCGUGGUGAGAAGCAAUUCGAGGUUUAUGCCCAAAAGAGUCAGGUACAAGGAGUGAAAAGUCUACAUGGUGCCGAUGUCUGGCGGUUAUACGACACAUUUGGCUUUCCGGUUGAUCUGACCAGACUGAUGGCUGAGGAAAGAGGUCUUUCAAUCGAUGAUAAUGAAUUCGAGGCGGCAAGACUACAGGCCAAAGAAGCUAGCAAGGGUGAGAAGAAAGCUGCCAGUGGCCUCCUGAAAUUCGAUGUUCAUGACUUGAGUGAACUGGAGAAGAUGCCAGGUGUCAGCAAGACCAAUGACUGUUUCAAGUAUGGUCGAGAGAACAUCACCGCUAAAAUCCAGGCUAUUUAUCAUGCGAAGAAGUUUCAUCCGGAUACUAAAAACAUUCCCCAAGGGGAUCAGAUUGGUCUACUUCUGGAUCGAACAUGCUUUUAUGCAGAACAGGGUGGUCAAGAAAACGAUACAGGUCGGAUAGUCAUAGACGGACAAGCGGAACUCGACGUUGAGAAUGUCCAACUUUAUGCUGGUUACGUUCUACAUACCGGUUAUCUGAAGUACGGACAAUUCUCAGUUUCGGACAAUGUCAUAACUGAAUACGAUGAACUGAGAAGGUGGCCUAUUCGAAACAACCAUACCGGGACACAUAUUUUAAACUUUGCCCUUAGGGAAGUUUUAGGUGACGGCAUAGACCAGAAGGGAUCGUUAGUAGCCCAGGAAAAGUUGAGAUUUGACUUCAGCCACAAGUCCGGCGUUUCAGAUGCAGAUCUGCAAAAGAUAGAGGAUAUUUCAACCGAGUAUAUUCGUCAAAAUUGUGCUGUCUAUGCGAAGGACGUACCUCUGUCAACUGCACUUGAGAUAGCCGGAGUGAGAGCUGUCUUUGGUGAGACAUAUCCCGAUCCAGUCCGAGUUGUUUCAGUUGGCGUUGAAGUCGAUGACAUCUUGAAAAAUGUCAAGGAUGAAAGCUGGAACAAAGUCAGUAUCGAAUUUUGUGGUGGUACACAUGUCAAAAGCACGGGUGACAUCAAGGAUCUCAUUAUCCUCGAAGAAAAUGGGAUUGCCAAGGGCAUUCGACGAAUCCUUGCCGUAACUGGAGAAGAUGCUCAUGAGGCCCAGCGAGCUGCUGAGGUAUUCUCUGAAAGGCUCGAUAAAUUGGAGAAAAUGCCAUUCGGAUCGCCCAAGGAACAGGAAUCUAAGUCCGCUCAAUUUGAUCUGAACAAUCUUUCAAUAUCUGCGGUGAAGAAGAGCCAAUUCCGAGAGCGUUGUGCGAAGAUUGGUAAAGAGUUGCUCGAGCAGCAAAAGAAAUUACAAAAGGAAGAGCUGAAGAAGGCUGUUGAUUCUGUCACGCAGUAUUUCGAGAAGAACCCUGAUGCAAAGGCUGCUGUUCUCAGACUACCAAGCGAAGGUAGCACGAAGCUCAUUCCUGAUGUCACAAAGCAUGUACAAACCAAACUGAAAGACAAGAGUGUUUACGUGCUUGUGGCAGACGAAAAGGAGUCCGAGGGCAAGGUCUAUCAUGGGUGCGUUGUGAGUCAAGACGCUACGAAAAUGGGUGUUUCUCCUUCCGAUUGGUCGUCUGCGGUGUCGAAAUUAGUAGGUGGUAAGGCCGGUGGUAAAGCUCCCGUUGCGAUCGGGAUUGGUACAGAUCCAUCAAAAGUCGAUGAUGCGCUCAAAGCUGCGACAGAGUACUUGGAGAAAUUCAAGCUAUGA